AUGUCAGGUCUCGAAGUGAUUGGUGUCAUCGCAAGCAUAGCCCAGAUCGCCGAUCUUGAGCUGGGAGCGACUCUUCGUCAGGACGCGCAAGCCAAAGUUUGUUCCGAGAAAGCAUUCAAGACAGCACAAGAAGUGCUAGACGAGUGCAACAUUAUAUUCAACCGCAUCGAUGAGGCAAUUGAGAAAGAAAAUGCUCGAUCUGGAAAAGGUCGCUUCCAACUCCGAGCUCAAAAGCUCACCAUUGCUUUUCUUGGCUCAGAUAUAGAUCUGCUGAAAAGCAAUCUAGAGAGAUUGAAGUCCACAAUGCGGCUCAUACCCAAUGUGAUCAUGCUUGCUGGGCAGCUUCGCAGGACUAAUGAUGCUUCUGUACUCGGAGACCAGCGUGAGAUGAUUCAAUCACUUCCCAAAGACAAGCAAGAGAGUGAGGCAAAAUAUCAUGAUCUGACCAGAUCUAUUCAGAUGGUCCACAUCAACGACCGUGCAAAUUUAGAAGACAAGGGUACAGCAGCAAUGGUCACGGCAGCACAGUCAACAGACGUCCCAAAAUUCAAGACUGGAGCAAUAUUUCCGGGGAUGUCUCGAGCUGAUCGAGUAGCCAUGCAGAAGGAUUUGAAAUCCUACCGUCAGCUAAUCCAAAGUUUUAUCAAUUAUAUUGACAUGUGCCAGUCGAGUUUGGAGGACACUCGGUAUCUGAGAAUAAGAAAUGACGUGAUGAACCUGCAUCUAGUCGAAAUUGAGGAAUACCGGGAAAAUCAAGAUCCUCGCGUAGUACAGGCACUCGAGAGAAUGGUUUCCACCACCCAGAGCCCAAACUACGCGGUAUUACAGAGUUAUGAAGAAGAUGAUGAAGAAGAUGAUGGGGAGGAUGAAGAUGGAGACGAGCCAGAAUUGCUAAAAGGGUCUGAUUCCAAUCCAGAAAAGAGUCAAAGUCGCUACUGCAGACUCUCUUUGUCUCUCGCCAGCCACUACCCUAAUCUGGCUGAAUCUGUGAAUGAAGAAAUCAUUCGGGGUCGACCCCGAAACAGAUCGCCACCAGGCUUGAUCAGUGCCUACCGUCCUGGCUUCGUCGAGCGGCAGCGAACUCGGUCACGGUCACCGCGUUCUCGGAGCCGAGUCAAUAGAAAAGCUCCCGUGGCUGCGGCGGGUCUAGGUACUGCUGCUAUAGCCGGUUUAUACGAGAGAAGGAAAGAACAGAAGCCUGUCUUCGAAACAGUGGAAGAGUUGAUUUUAUAUUGGACAACAUUGACAGUAGAUGAAAUAUAG